GUGGGUGUCAGUUCAAUUUUAAUUUAAUAAAAUACGUAAUUUUAAUGACAUAACUGACUAAAAUAAAGUAAUAAUGAAAUUGAUUAAAGGAUUUCGUAUCUCACACAUUCUGAGUACUAUGCUGUGUUUCGUCCAUGUUGUGUUGUCCAACAGCACUGAUACGACGCGAAUUGUUGGUGGUCACGAUGUGCCUCCUGGUGAAUAUGUUCCGUAUCAGAUAUCACUACAGUAUUUUACAAGAAGAAAUAAGUACCAACACUUCUGCGGUGGUUCUAUAAUAUCGUCUAAUCGCAUUCUCACAGCCGCCCAUUGUUGCAAAGAUUUCGAUGUUAAGCGGAUGACGAUAUUGGCUGGAAUACGCGAUCUUAAUGACUCGAAAGGUGUACGAGUACCAGUUUCUUCGUAUGAUAUACACCCCAAUUAUGAGGAGCUCGUUACCAGUGAUAUAGCUAUUCUGACACUUAUGGAAUCACUUAAUUUGGAUGGAAUUCGAAUGACAGCUAUUGAAGUGCGCGGAUCUGAGCUUUUGGGAGGAGGAAUACCUGUCACUUUGACUGGUUGGGGUCUACGACUGCCCAUUUCUUUGCCUUUUCUGCCACCAGAGUUCGACAAUAUAAAUUACCCAACCAUAUUGCAAACCAUGAACUAUCACACAAUUACUAACCAAGAAUGUACAAACAGCGGAAUGGACGAACUCACAGAAACGGAAAUUUGUGCACGGGGCGCUAUACUUACGGGUGCUUGUUCAGGAGACUCUGGUGGUCCACUGGUGAUGAAAACAGGAAGCGGGUUGCGUCAAGUCGGUAUUGUCUCGUACGGGCUAUUUGUUUGUGGAGUAUUCACUGUCAUUCCGGACGUGUACACUAGAGUAUCCAUGUUUGAUGACUGGAUACAGGCGCGUAUGCAUUAACUAAGCUUUGGUAUUAGAAAUAAAUUUCUACAAGCGUAAAUUUACAUACAUAAGUAUGUAUUCUUACAAUACACAUCAUCGCUCACCAU